UACAUGUUGUCAGGAAUGGUGAAGCCAUAUACAGAAAUAUCAAUUGUGAAGCUAAAUUUAGAUUGCCCAAGCAAUAUAAUGGGGCAAACAAAAGCCAUGAUCUGCUGGAUCUUUGUGGCAAUUCUUCUAUUGGUUUUGCCUGUAAAUUCUCAGCUGUCUGAUGGGUUCUAUUCAAGGUCAUGUCCCAAAGCUGAGUCCAUAGUCAGGUCCACUGUUCAGUCUUAUUUCAAGGCAGAUCCCACCAUUGCUGCUGGUCUCCUCCGACUCCAUUUUCACGAUUGCUUUGUCCAGGGAUGCGAUGCUUCAGUGUUGAUCUUUAGUGAUAGUGCUGAGAUGAAUGCAGGGCCAAAUAUGGGGUUGAGAGGGUUUGAAUUAAUUGAUGAUGCAAAAGCAUUGCUAGAAGCUUCAUGUCCUGGUGUCGUUUCUUGUGCAGAUAUUCUUGCUUUGGCUGCUCGUGAUGCUGUAGACUUGAGUGGUGGGCCAAGUUGGUCGGUUCCCACAGGAAGAAGGGAUGGGAGAGUUUCUAUCAGUUCCCAGGCUGAAGAUCUGCCUUCUCCAUUCGAGCCCAUCGACGUCCAUAUUCAAAAGUUUGCAGAGAAAGGCCUCGAUGAAGAAGAUCUUGUAACCCUUGUUGGUGCUCACACUAUUGGACGAACAGAUUGCCAACUGUUCAGCUACCGUCUAGAAAACUUUACAAGCACAGGCAAUCCAGACCCAACCAUAAACCCGUCGUUCUUGACAGAGCUGAGAAGCCAGUGCCCCCUGGACGGAGAUCCGUUUAGAGGCGUGGCUAUGGACAAAGACAGCGGGUUGAAAUUCGACAACAGCUUCUUCAAGAACAUAAUGAACGGGAAUGGAGUUCUGGAGUCAGACCAGAGGCUGUGGAGCCACCCUUCAACCAGAGGCAUUGUGCAGAACUAUGCAGGGAGCAUCAGGGGACUGCUGGGCCUCAGAUUUGGGUUCGAGUUCAAGAAAGCCAUGGUCAAGCUGAGCAGCAUCCAAGUCAAGACUGGCACGCAAGGAGAGAUAAGAAAACUAUGUUACCAGUUCAAUCAUUAAUAAUACUUUGUAUCCCUUCUUCAUCUUUGAACUGUUCAUAACAAUAAAGUGUAUCGUUUUUCAUGCCUUAUGGCCUCGGAAUAAUACACUAAUUAAUGGUUAUAUA